AUGCACCAAAAUAAUUUCCGAAAUAACAAUAAUAUUACUAUUAAUAAUAAUAAUAAUAAUAAUAAUAAUAAUAAUAAUAAUAAUAAUAAUAAUAAUAAUAAUAUACAGCCACAAAUGCCUGUUCAACCAAAUAGAAAUCUCCCACAGCAUCAACUUCAACAACCAAUUAAAAAGAUAGGAUAUAGUGUUGUUGGAAUGAAUAAUAGUAUUAAUGCCAACAAUAAUUUCAACAAUAAUAGUAUGAACAACAAUAAUAACAAUAAUAUGAUGGGAAAUAUAAAUAAUAAUAACAAUAACAAUAUAGGAAUGAGUCAAUUUAAACCAAAGGUACCAAUGAUACCAAUUAAUAAAUCGAUGAUUAGUAAGCAAUCACCCACUAGAUCACCUUUACAAAAAUCAAUUAUACCUCAACAAUCACAACAACAACAACAACAACAACAAUUUCAUAAGCCUACCCCACAACAACAACAAUAUCAAUAUCAGCAACAACCACAACAGCAACAACAGCAACAACAGCAAUUAUAUUUACAAGAUAGUAAUAAUGACCAUCACCAACCUAAUGAAUUUCAAUUCUUCAUUCAAACACCAUCAUGCAAUACUACAAUAUCACAACAAGAAUCACCAACAUUACAACCUCAACCACUUUUAACACCACAACAGCAACACCAUCAAAAUGGGAGACCACAACAACAACAACACCCAAUAAACACUGGCAAUAUAAACAAUAAUAACAAUAAUAAUUCAUUUAACCCACCUAUGAAAACUAAUAAAAUAGUACCUCCAAUAGUUAAUAAUAACUAUAAGCAGCCAAUUAGUAAUAUCACCAAUGGUAAACCACUUCAACUUCCUCAAAAACAACAGCAACAACAACAACAACAACAACAACAACAAAUACUACAACCACCCCCUCAACAACAGCAACAACAACAACUCCCACAACCACAAUCAUCAGUUACAUCACUUCCACCACCAAUUGAAGGAACUGAUUUACCACUAUCGCCGGAAUAUUCAUUCGAUAUAGAUAAUGAAUUUGAAUUAAUGAGACCAAACCUUUCCACCAACUCUUCCACCACUACAACAAUCUCUUCUACAUCCACAACUGCACCUUUAUUAACAAAUCCACAAAAAAAUCUGCAUCAACUACCUCAAUCGUUUAAUAUUAAAAGUAUUAGCCCAAUAAAAGGUUUACCACAACAACAGCAACAACAACAACAACCACUUCCCCCACCAAUUCCACAAAAUAAUGAGCAACAUUUACAAAUAAUUACAAGUUUAGAAAAACAAAAGAUUGAAAGUGAUAAAUUGAUUAAUCAAUUAAGAAUGGAAUUAGAAAAGAAAGAAAAAGAACUAAAAGAACAACAACAACAAUUAUUAUUAUCAGCACCAUCAAAAACAGCAACAGAUUCAAAAGCAUCCACUGCAACAAUAGCAACAACAGCAACACCAAUAGCAGCCAAACCAAAAAGCACAGAAAAGAGAAAACCAGAAAAUGAAAUUUCGUCAGACCCAUCAAAGAAAUUAAAAUCCUCAAAUACCACAACAAACAAUAAUAACAAUAAUAACAAUAAUAAUAAUAAUAAUAAUAAUAAUAAUAAUAAUAAUAAUAAUAAUAAUAAUAAUAAUAAUAAUAAUAUAACGGCAAUUGGUAAGAAACCAGCACAAACAUCAAAUCAAGUGGUAGUUUUACCAAAGAUAUCAAAAGAAAAGAUUAUAAUGGACCAAAUUAUGGAAGAUAUAUCAGCAUUGAAUCCAUUUGAUAGACCAUUUACAACACAUAAUAUAGGAUUACAACCAAUUUCAAAACAAAAAGCUGAAAUUAGUAAACAAAAUCAUCAACUAUUUAAACUAUUAUCAUUUAAUAAUGGUUCGCCAAGUAUUUUUUAUCUACUUCCAACAAACUAUGCAAAUUCAUUAUCAUCAGUUUCUUCAUCAGGUGAUAAUCCUUACCUUUCAUUUUCAACCCCAAAUCUAUUAGCAAAUAAAAAUAAUAAUAAUAAUAAUAAUAAUAAUAAUAAUAAUAAUGUACUACCACAAUUAAAACAAUCAUCAACUACUGUUCUACCUGCAGUGGUUUUAAAAAAUAGUAAUAAUAGUUCAAAACAACCUCAACAACCUCAACAACAAAUAAUAAAAACCCCAUCAUCCAAUAUGAUAGUAGCACAACCAAAACAACCAACACCAAAUUCAUUAAAUGUAACAAACAAAUUGAAAUCAGUGACGAAUGAGGUUUUUACAUUUUUACCACAAAACUAUUGUGAAGAUUUAUCGACAUGUCUUUCAAGUGUUUUAUCACUUCAAAGACCAAGUAAUAGUUUAUUUAAAAGAUUGCUACCAUUUUUAAAACUACCAUCACCAAUUGCAGUUGAAAAAGCAUUAGAUGUAAUUUUAACAUUACUGACAACUUGUAAUGGUUGUGUUGAUUAUAUAAUUUCUGGUUUAGUUUCAACAAAAGUUCAAUCAUCAUCAUCCUCUUCUCAACCAACCUCAACUUUAAUUUCUCAAGUACCUCAUUUAUCAAAUAGUGGUAGUAGUGGAGGUGGCGAUAAUAGUGAUACUAAAAAUAAUAAUAAUAAUUGUUUAAAUGAAAUUCAAAGUAUUCAAUUAUUACCACCACCCCCACAACCACAUACACUAACAUUAUCAAAUAAUCAAAAAAUAACAUUAUUCCCAUUACAAACUAUGUCAAAUCCAAGAAUAUUUACACUUUCAACACCACAACAAAUUAAACCAUCAUCAUUUACUGAACAAAAAUUAAAAGAAAAACAAAUUAAAGAAUUACAAAUUUUAGCACUUUCAAAUCCAAAUUAUUUAAAUAAUGAAAUUUUAAAUCCUAAUAAUGAUAAUAAUGACAAUGAUGAUAAUAAUAAUAAUAAUAUGAAUAUAGAUACAAUAACAUCAAACUUAAAAAGGAGAAAUAAUAAUCAAAAAGAAAAGAAUACUUUAUUAAAUUAUAUUAUUGAUAAUUUCAAUGGUUUAUGUAAUUUAAGUAGUAAUACAAGUAAAAUCAUUGAUUUAACAUUAACUUCUUUAUUAGUAAUUACUGAUAGAAUAAUGGUAACAACAACUCAACAAACAACAACAACAAAAACAAACAAUAAUAAUAAUAAUAAUAAUAAUAAUAAUAAUAAUUUUAGUGUAUUACGUAGAUUUAGCAGUAUUUUUGAUCAAGUUAAUAUAAAUUUUUUAUUUUCAAGUAGUUGUAGUAUUGAUCAAAAGAUAUUAUAUAUAGAGUUGGCAGAGAAUUUAAUGGUUGACGCAGAAUUAAUGAUGUUAUUAGCUGGUGGUAAAGGUGGUGAAGAUUUUAUUGGUAGUUUUAUUGUAAAAGUAACAGUGGCAUUGGGUACAUCACCAUCAUUAUCAUUAAAUUCAAAGCAAAAGAGUAAAUUCAAAACUUUGAAAUUGAAAAUCAUUAAAUUCCUCAGUAAAGCAGUUUCACUCUAUAAGAAAAUUGAACCAUUAUUUCGAGAUUACAUUUUUCAAGCCGGUAUAUUGUUAGUCUAUCACGAGUUUAACAAUGAUCUCGAUUUAAAUCUUUUUAAAGAAUCAGAUGAACAAUUACAAUCAACAACCUUGUUAAAAGAAACAUUAAGAUUAAUUUAUAUUUGGUCAAAUAAAUUCACAGAGGAAAUUAAUUUAAAAGGCUCUGAAAAGGAAUUUGAACUUUUAAAAGCAGUAACCAUUAGAAUUUCAAAAUACUCUCAUUUGGCACCACUUUCAGAAUCAAUUGAAUUAUGUGAAAGAUUAGUAGAAUUUUUAGAAUCUUGUUAUAAUCCAGGUUUAAGUAAUAAUAAUCAAACAAAUACUUCAAUCGAUCAAACCUCGAGUGAUGGUGAUAGUGUUACAAUUUUAAAUCAAAAUCAAAUUAAUAAUAAUAUUGAAAAAAUAAAAUAA